AAGCAGAGGAAGAAGUGACGUCUGUCCGCAGCUGACGCGGGUGCGUGACGUCACCUGCGUAACGUCCAGAAUCACUAUGGCGGAAAGGUAGUGGCGACUCACACUUUGCCGGUAAUAUCGACAUCGGAUAGCAGAUAUCUGAACGAUUCACCAUUCUUCGUUCCCGGCUCACGCGCAAACAUCCCAUUUCCUCGUGCACUCUCUCUGAUCUUCGUGGAACGGACGCAAACAUGCCUAAUAUCAAGAUUUUCAGCGGCAGCUCCCACCAGGAUCUGUCUCAGAAGAUCGCGGACCGUCUCGGACUGGAGUUAGGAAAAGUAGUGACGAAAAAGUUUAGCAACCAAGAGACGUGUGUGGAGAUUGGAGAGAGUGUCCGUGGAGAGGAUGUGUACAUCGUCCAGAGCGGCUGUGGAGAAAUUAAUGAUAACCUUAUGGAGCUUCUGAUUAUGAUAAACGCCUGCAAAAUCGCAUCGGCCUCCCGAGUCACAGCGGUCAUCCCAUGCUUCCCUUACGCCCGGCAGGAUAAGAAGGACAAGAGUCGGGCGCCCAUUUCUGCCAAGCUGGUGGCAAAUAUGCUGUCUGUAUCUGGUGCCGACCACAUCAUUACCAUGGAUCUGCAUGCAUCUCAAAUACAGGGUUUCUUUGACAUUCCUGUGGACAACUUAUAUGCAGAGCCUGCCGUUUUGAAGUGGAUUAAGGAGAACAUCCCCGAGUGGAAGAACUGCACGAUCGUGUCUCCUGACGCUGGAGGAGCCAAGAGGGUGACCUCCAUUGCAGACAGGCUAAAUGUUGACUUUGCCCUGAUUCACAAAGAAAGGAAGAAGGCCAACGAGGUGGACCGCAUGGUUCUGGUGGGAGAUGUGAAAGACCGGGUGGCCAUAUUGGUGGAUGAUAUGGCAGACACCUGCGGCACCGUCUGCCACGCUGUUGAUAAGUUAAUAUCAGCAGGAGCGGUUAAAGUGUAUGCUAUCCUCACUCAUGGCAUCUUCUCUGGACCAGCCAUUUCACGCAUCAACAACGCCUGCUUUGAAGCCGUAGUUGUGACCAACACAAUUCCUCAGGAGGAGAAGAUGAAGCAUUGUCCCAAAAUACAGGUCAUCGACAUUUCCAUGAUCCUCGCCGAGGCCAUCCGCAGGACCCACAACGGCGAGUCCGUGUCGUAUCUGUUCAGCCACGUUCCUUUGUAAGGUCUUCACCGCGACUGAACGAGGAGCCGCUCCCUCCUUCAUCUGACCCAAAGACACUUGCCAGAGCUGCGGAUUCCAGCCAGCCUUCAUCAAGUCCUCCCUGAAAUGAGCUUCUGUUUUCACAGUCUGUUCUACUCACCAAAUCUCUGUUACAAUCCGUGACUGAAAGUUAGACGUUAGCUUAACCGGGGCCAGAACCAGUCACAACCUCAUUUAUUUAUUUGCAUCCAUUUGUAUUAAUUUCUGUGCUUUGAGAAAAGUAAAGUCACUUGAUGAAUGAACUGGUGGAGAAAUUACUUGAAGACACGCGUUCUUUUGAAUUUCAAGAUGUAGUUCUCUAGAUUAAAGCGGUUUUUAGCUUUGCAGCUCAACAUAGAUUCUUAACAAAAAUAGGUUUUAUUUCACUUUCCUGAUUUUGCUUUUCAAGG